AAGAGAAUAUAACGAAUCCUUCCCUGGAAAGAGUAUGCAGGAAGGGAGCAGCCAUAGAACUCACAGUCGCUCCAGUGGGGAUGGAAGCAGCGGUGUUGCAGAUGAGGAGAAGACGGUGUUGAUUGAGAAGCUGAAGGGGGAGAAGGAGAAGUUCCGUCGUGAGGUGGAGUCUCUGUCCUCACAGCUGAAGGAUGCAGAGAUCAUCCAGGAAAAACAAGAGAACGUCAUCAGGAGCAUGAAGGAGGAACUUGAAGAUGAAAAGAUGCGCAAACCAAAAAAGAUAAGGUUCUUGGACGAGUUGCAACCACCACAGGAAUCCAUGGAUGAGGUGGGUGCAGAACUGCUGCAUGUCCGCGGGGAGCUCCAGAAGGUGUGGGACAUGAUCCACGUCAAGGAUGGGGAGUUAGAGGAGCACGGCAGGCAGUUGGAGGAAGCUCGAGCAAAGGUAGAGCUGCUGAAAGCUUGUGCUACGCCAUCUCUUGCCAUUGGCUAUUGGGGCUG